CAUUUUCAUAUAACAGUUACCUUCUCUCAACUAAUAAUAUCUGUACACAAUCUCAACCUAUAUCUCUCUCUGAUGCUUUUGCUUCUAUAUUCUUCAUAAAUUACUCUACACUACAGUGAGCUCGUUCCCUUUUCAAAGCUUCCUAGGUUGUUUCUUUCUCAUCUCUAGCUCUCUCUAAAACUUAAGUGACAAAGAUGGCACAGUCAGAGGAGCCCAAGAAGCUAGAAUCAGAAACACCCUCGGAUCCUCCUCCAGCUCCGGCCACACCUGCAACAUCAUCAGAAGAGAAGCCGGCGGUUGAAGAAGCUCCGAAAGAGGAGUGUAAGGAGAAAUCACAAGAGAAGGCGCCAGAGCCUGCAGAUGAGUCGAAGGCUGUUGCUAUUGUUGAGAAAGAGAAGAAGAGCAAGGAGGUUUCGGAUCGAGAUGCUGUGCUUGCAAGAGUUGAAACAGAGAAAAAGAUAUCACUAAUCAAUGCAUGGGAAGAAAGUGAGAAAUCGAAAGUAGAGAACAAAGCUCAUAAGAAGUUAUCUGUUGUUGGAUCAUGGGAGAACACCAAGAAGGCAAGUGUGGAGGCUGAGCUAAAAAUAAUUGAGGAAAAAUUGGAGAAGAAGAAGGCAGAGGCUGUGGAGCAGAUGAAGAACAAGAUAGCUUUGAUCCACAAGGCUGCAGAGGAAAAGAGGGCACUGAUUGAAGCUAAGCGUGCCGAAGAUCUUCUCAAGGCAGAGGAAAAUGCUGCUAAAUACCGAGCCACUGGAAAAGCUCCUAAAAAGCUCCUAAGUUUUUUCUGAAGCUACAUUGAACUGAAUUCAGGUCCACAAAUUGAUUGACAACAAGAACAAGAACAUUUGAAUUAGUUAUUUGUAUAUUUCAUUCGAUUGAGGUACAUUUGUUUGUUCACUUGUAGAUGUGUUCGUUUCUUAUGUAAAAUGGGGGAAUUUGUCAGUGUCACAUUUUAUUUUGUGAGUAGUGUGAUAAGUACCUGUGUCUGUAUUUAAGCUCUCAAUUCUGCAGAAGUGAAUUCAUAAAGUUUAGCCAUUUAUGAGGCAUUUUAGUGAACUGUUGGGUUAGUAUUUCAUAAUUGCUUGUCUUUUUCAUCUGG